AUGUCUGCAAAGCGAUCCCGUCAAGCCUUCGAAGCCGACGCCCGAGCCGAGCAUUCGCCCUACGUCGCCUACGGCACACCUCUCCCACCUCUAGACCCCGAGGUCCGCGACGACGGGUCCUACGUGCCAGUAUGGAAGCAGGAAGUGCGCGAUGAUCAGGGCCGUAAACGCCUCCAUGGCGCCUUCACAGGCGGCUGGAGUGCUGGCUACUUCAACACAGUUGGAUCUAAAGAAGGAUGGACACCCUCGACUUUUGUGUCCUCUCGUUCGAACCGCCACAAGGAUGGUGGCACUGAACAGGCUUCGGUCGCGCGUCAGCAGCGGCCCGAGGACUUCAUGGACGACGAGGACCUGGCAGAUGCUAUCGAAGCUCAAAAGAUUCAGACAAAAGACUCUUUCGCUGGGCUGGGCACUACGCGGGACGAUGGGGUCCGUCGGAGCGCGAUGCUGGACCUCUUCCGCGCACAAGGCGACACCAUGGGAGCCAAGUUGCUUCGGCGCAUGGGCUGGAAGGAGGGCCAGGGCAUCGGACCGAAAGUGCGCCGCCGUGCUCGUCUCGACAAUUUGACAUCCAUGGCCGAUGACAACGUCGAGAUGCACAUGUUUGCUCCCGAUGAUGUUCCCAUGGUCGCUUUCCUGAAGAAGCUCGACCAUAAAGGCCUGGGGUAUGAAGGUGCCGCACGGCUAACGCCUGCAACUUUUGGUUCGGCGAGCCACAAGUCGAAUCCCGAUGAAAGCUCAGACGAUGACGACAGUCAUGAGGGGCCUUCUCUUCGGCGGCCAGGAAUAACAAGAGAUAAAAAGGCGAAGCCUGUCAAGGGCGGAUUUGGCCUUGGGGUUCUGAAUGAUACUGGAUCUGAUGAUGAGGAUCCAUACGAGAUUGGCCCGAAGAUUUCAUAUAAUCGCGUGAUACGCGGGGAGAAGAAGAAGAGCAAGUUGAAGCCGAAUCCUACAGCAAGUGCGGCCUUUGGAUCGGCGCCUAAAUUCAAGUCACGCAAGAACGCUUUGGCAAGGGCCGGACGGAAUCUGCGGAAAUGCCAUGACGGACGCCUGCCACUCGAAGGAUUCGUUUUUGGGCACGAGACAGACGCACUGGCUUCGACCACGGCGGAUGUCCUUCGUUACCCUCCGCCCACGAUUCCACCGGGCUGGGUGUCAAAGAAGUCCAAGAAGGCCAUCAAUGAAGCGGCAACCGAUUCUUCUGGAUUCAUUUCCACCGCAGACGCGGCCAAAGCAUCCUCGCUUGACCCCAAGUCGCGGGCCGCUCUGCUCGGUGAAGCCCAGCUGCCCGGCAAGUCUGUCUUUGACUUCUUGUCACCCGAGGCUCGCGAACGUCUUGCCGCAGCCUCGGGUAAAGCAAAUCUGCCGCCAGCCCUAAGUGAGAUCCCCGAGGGCUACGCGUUAUCCGAAGAAGAGAAACAGGCACAGCUUCUGCGCCAGAUACCACAAAUCGACAAGCAGACUGCUGCUGCUGCGCUGGCCCGCGGUGCAGCUGGCUCUGGCCCAUAUGCGGAUAAUGAAGCGAAGCGUACUAGAUACAGACAGUUUCUCGAGUACUUUGCCGGCUUCACUCCGCAGCUCCCCACACGACCACAGGCCUUCAAGGACCCCGACUGGCUACGCGAGCUCAACGAGUUUUACAGCUGCGCGCGCAUUUUCAAGCCCAUGACGGGAAUGAUGGCUUCGCGGUUCACAACAAGCAGCGCGAAACCGCCCAUCAACGAGGCUGGCGCAAACGCCGAUGGCGAAGCCGGAGAAGAGAAGCAACUGAUACAUCGCCCACCACCAAGACCUGCAGAUCCUGCAGAGGAGGCGGCGAAGAUGGGCAUGUACGGCCAUAUGACGCGCUCCUCAGCCGACUUCUACCCAACCAGGCUCCUCUGCAAGCGCUUCAACGUCCGACCGCCAGCACACGUAGUCCCUGACACGGAGGCCGACAGCGGCGCCAACGGUGCGAAAGAGCGCAAAGAGCCGGACUGGGGCUCGCUGGGUGUGGCAAGCCUACCAAACUUUGCGAGCGCUGGAAUGUACCAGCAGGGAAGCACUGCAUCGCAGUCUGGCGGCGCACAGCUGACUUCCUCGACCGAAGGUCCUGAGGCGGCCGCAGCAUCGGCGAAGGUCAACGCUGAUGUCAACGAAGCUCUGGAGGGUAAACGCGCGGAAGACGACGUGCUGCGGGCGAUCUUUGGCGAUAGUAGUGAUGACGAGGACGACUAG